AUGUUGCCAUUGUCCUUGCUCAACGCAGCGCAAAACAAGCCCAUGCUUGUGGAGCUCAAAAACGGAUCGACGUUCAACGGCCACCUCGUAGCGUGCGAUAACUUUAUGAACUUGACGCUGCGAGAGGUGUACGAGACCAGUGCCAGCGGCGAGCAAUUCUGGAAGCAAAAGGAAUGCUAUAUUCGCGGCAGCACCAUCAAAUACUGCCGUGUCGCAGAUUCAGUCAUCGACCAGGUCAAGGAACACGAAGAGCAGGCGCGCAAACAGCGUCAGCACGGCAGCGCCAACUCGGGUCUCUCGGGCGGCGUCAGCCUGGGCAACCGCGGUGGCGGUGGCGGCGGGAGGGGCGGCUACAACCGCGGAGGAGGUGGUGGUGGUGGACGUGGAGGCUCCUCGGGGGAACGCGGUGCAAGGGGUGGCGGAAGGGGCCGAGGUAGAGGCCAGUAA